AUGUCACUCGCCCUGCAAGGAACUAUACCAGCGAACAUCCCACUAAAAGCCGUGGGCGCCUUUCUCGUCCUCAACAUCUGCGCAUGGCUGGUAAUCGCCAUAUCCCGGAGACGGACAUCCAACAAGACCAGGUCUUCAAGUCCUGACUUGGAGAAACCCGGUGCGAAAGGGAAGCCUACCAGGCCACCAGGAGAAUGGACACCAUCGGACUUCAAGCGACCACCAGCAGCACCAUACCCAGACUGGGAUGUGCAUUCGACAAAGCCAAUACCCUACCGACCUUUCAGAUAUGGCCCGAAAUACUUCAUCACGAUGGGUCUAAGAAGCAUGAAAUGGGAUGAAUGGAUCGAACUCGACAACCACUACUUGAAAUACCACGGCGACAAAGCCCGUCGCAUAAAAGAGCGUGGAAGUAAAUGCUGUCGCACAGCGCCGGAGGCCAUGGAUGCGGCAAUCGAACUACUAGAGGAGCUAUGUGCCUACCUCCCAGAACGCUACCCAAGCAUGUUCACCAAAACCCCAACAGGCAUAACCAACACCGUAACCAAUGAAACCUUCAACAUAACCCAACGACCCCUCCCUGAAGACCCAAUGGCCACAGCAGCGCGUCUAGUACAAGACGACCUAGCAAUAAUGAUUGAGCGGCCCGACGGCGAAUACUACCUGCUAGCGGGCGCAAUCCUCUUAGCCGGAUUCUGGCGUCUAAGCGACAAAUUCGGCAUGCGACUAUCUGAAAUCCACACGUCCGGCGAUGUGCCCGGAUACAAGAGCAAGCUGGAAAAAGGGAUGAAGAAUUUCUUUACUCGGCUUCGGCCUGAGGACCCCGUGCUGAGGAAUAAUUAUUUCAUCCAGGUUGACGAUGAGCUGGCUUGGUCGCCGAGUAUUGGCAGUGAGGAUGGAGAGAAUGUGUCGUGGAAUACGGCGGAGAAGAAUCGGGCUAUUGAGAAGCAUUUCUUCCGUUCUGAGAGGCAGUCGUUGAGGAGGUUGCCGAGGUCUGGGGGGGUUGUGUUUACGAUUAGGACUUAUUUUGUGCCGAUUGUUGAGAUUGUGAAGGAGGAUUAUGUGCCUGGGAGGUUGGCGGAUGCGAUUCGGAGCUGGGGGGAUGAUGUGGGGGUUUAUAAGGGGAGGGAGAAGUAUCAGGAUGUUUUGUUGGAGUUUUUGGAUAGGAAGCAUAAGGAGCAGGUUGAGGGGGGGUUGGAUGUUGAGAAGGAGGAGGAGGUUAGGAAGUAUCCUUUUUGA